GCCUGGCCAAAGCAGAUCCACUCACCGCGACAGCUAGACCCGCAGGCACCAACACAGAUUCACGAGUCCACUGACAGCCGCCAGCCAUCAUGCUCUCACCCAGAGCCGGCAACCACCAGCAAUUGUUGGUCCAGUGGGGGGCAGAGGCAGGAGACGCAGGGUUGUCUGGUUGGCCUAGGCCCACCAAUCUCGUGGAUCCGGCUGCUGUGUCUUGCCUCUACUCCACCUCUCCUCUUCAUCACUCGGACACACUUUGAGCCUUAG